AUGUUCAUCAUUCUUGGAGAUGCUGGAAAAGAGCUGACAGGCAGAAGAGAAACAGAGUUAAUCGAUAAAUAUGCUGAGGAAAAUGGUGGCGAUGGUGCUGAGCAUGAGGUCCCACUACCACAAUGUUUCAUUGUGGCCAUAGUACAGACACAAAAAUUCAGGAUCAAGGUGGCCCACUUCAAUUCCACAUCGAAGAUGACCUUGACUGUUACAAAAUUAGUCUCCCCAGCAGUCCUACCUCCUAAAGACCGACCAGCUGACAU